AUGCUUGCCACUCAACCGACUCCGAUGCACCACCCGAACACUACGAGUAAGAUAAGGACUACUCCAGGAUGGGAUGAACAGAUUGUACCGACUUUGAAGAAGCGUCUGGAAUCUGAAUCCCAAUAUCUCACCAAGAGACUAUCAGCUGGACCGACUGAAGAUCAACAUCAGCAUCAGCCUCCUACUUCUGUAUCCUCCUCCUCCUCAAAACUCAACUCGUUCCCUCAAUCACCCACAUUUGGUGUAUUUCAACAAACUCAAACUGGAUCCUCCUCUUCCUCUCCAUUUUCCUCGGGUAUACCUAGAAGUCGUACCAAGUCUGGUCCAUUCCUGAAUGAUACGCGUCAACUUAACGGUAGCAACGGUGGACAGUCGAAUGGGAAAAGACCUUCGCCACGUAUAGACACCUCUUCCACCUCUUCACCUAAGAUCCCUUCUACAUCUCUACCAUCUAGAAUACCAACCAGACCUCGAUCAAAAUCACAACUUUCCUCCUCCUCAUCACCAAAACCUUCACCUGUACAUUCCAACUCACAACCUCCUCCAUUGCCUACUACCUCAAUCUCUGGCAUACCCGUAUUGACGCCUCGCUCUAGGUCCAGAUCACCUUCGAAACGCCCUGCACAAGCCAAAAUGAGCGUAGCAGUAAUGGAGAACAGGAGGGAAAGUUUGGAAUUGGGAUUAGGUGGAACGAGGAUAAAAGAAGGCUUCAUCAAAAAUGAAUUACCACCAUUCAAGAUGAAUCCUAAUGAAGCCUUGAGAAUAGCAGAGAAAGGACAUGAGUUGAAUGAGGAAGAUUUCAAUAUUAACAGUAAUAGAACGAGUUAUGAUUCAUCUAGAAUGGCGGAAAGAAAAAGAUCAAUAUCUAUGAAACCUAACAAUCUACAUCCUAAACCUAAUGGACAUAUGCUGGAGAGAAGUGGAUCAUCAGGUUCUGAUCGAUCCGCUAGAAGGAAUAGUCGACCAUCCACUUCGUCCGCUGCCACGUCAACGAGGGGUUAUGGGAUAUCGACUUCUCAUACGGGUUUAGGAUUAGGUAUAGGUCAACCAUCUUCUUCUUCGAGAUUAUCAAAUGGUAGACCAACUCAGAGAGUAGGAUCAUCCAGUUCACCAAUCAACGGUUCUCCGUCAAUGGCGUUUAACGCUCCUCGAUCAGCUUCGUUGAACUUGUUAUCUGGUAGUCCAUCGAUGUCGAUGAAUGGUACACCGCCAAGUACGAGAUUAGGUGUAGCUGCUCAUUUCAUACCUCCCGAAUCUACUUAUACGCCACCAAAGGGAACAGAUUGGGAUGAUGUGGUCUUACCCACCGUAGCGAAGAAAUUGGGUAUAAAUGAGAGUGAAAAAGAGGGUGGUGGAGUAGUUGUGGGAGAAGAAGAUCUGGCGGUUGAGUGGGAUAAAGACGGGACACCGACCAGAUGGGUGAAAAGGAAGGUUGUUAGUGGAGGAAAUGGCUCGGCGAGGGUUGGGUUGGGAUUGGGUGAUUCGACUGGUAGUCAGAACUCGAUACAACCCAAUGAUACUACCCCUACACGUACACACGCAUUCUCACCUACAUUCGAACCAUCCCCUGAUAAUCCUUUACAACCCCGUCAAAGACCUUCUUCAGCAUCACUACGAAACAGACCAUCUGCUUCUUCCGAUACGGAACUCACAACAAUACGCACGACAAACGGUCAGCCCGUAUCGUUAGGUCAACCUAUUGAUCGAUCUUCUUCUCCAUCGAGAAAUAACGCAUAUUAUCCAGGUGGUGAACCUUUCCCGACCACCGGGUCAGGUAUGGGUGUGCAUAGGAAAGCAAGCUCCCAGAAUAUAUCCACAUCAUCCCCCCUAAGUGGACUCGGCUCAAACCCUGCUCUAAAUAGGAAACCAUCCACGUUGAAGAAGCAGAAUCACUCGACUCCUACUGUAUCGAGACAGGGCUCGGAGUUGUCACUAAGAGCUAGAAACGCUUCGAAUGUAGCGAGAAACAAUAACAAUAACAAUAAUUUCGGACCUGGACCUGGAUCUGGAUCUGCAAAUGGACAUGGAAAUGGACAGAUGAGUAUACCUGGUACGACGCAUAGGAUCACUGAUGCGAUUUAUGAGAACCAAUUGGCAAGAAGAGAAGGUAGGGUUAAUGAGAAAGGUGGAGGGGCUAAGGCUAGGAAGGACGAUGAUAUGCAUGGGAAGGGAUGUGGAUGUUUGAUCAUGUAA